AUGGCUCCACUCAGGCUUUAUGUGAGGAGGGCUCUGUGCGUCUCCGCGUCUGUGCGUCUCUGCUCUGUCAUCUCUCCUCAAGUCACUUCAGAGCGGCAGCGCUCCAUCAGGAUGAACUUGCAGUGGAGCCCGGUGACGUGCCUGCGCUAUGGAAGACCCGCGCACAAACGCCUGGACGCGGAUGACCAGCCUCCAGCCAAGUCCCCCAGACUGAGCACCGAAGCCGGGGACGCGCACUCUCUCAUUUACGGAUCUUCUCCCACUUCACCCACAAGCCCGUGCCCCAGGACCCCCAGCCCACACCAGGGGCCAGCCAGGAUAGGACCCUUCUUGCUGCUACCUCUAUCGGAGCGGGAGAGCAGUCACAACGCCAUAAACACGGACACAGGCGAAGAGCUGCUGUGUAAGGUGUACGACAUGGUGAUGUACCAGGACAAGAUCCGGGCUUACGGGAUCCUGCCGGCACACAGGAACGUGGCUGGUAUCAGGGACAUCAUCCUGGGGGAGAGGAAAGCGUAUGUGUUCUUGGACAAAGACUUUGGGGACAUGCACACUCUGGUGAAGAGCUCGCGCAGGCUGGACGAGGAACAGGCCUGCAUGCUUUUCCGGCAGGUGGCCUUGGCUGUGGCUCACUGUCACCAGAACGGGCUCGUGUUGGGAGACCUCAAGCUCCGCAAGUUUGUCUUUGAAGAUGAGAAAAGAACUCAAGUAAGACUGGAAAGUCUAGAAGACUGCCGUGUUUUGGAAAACCCAAAGAAUGAUUCCAUGUCAGACACCCACGGCUGCCCGGCUUACGUCAGUCCUGAGAUCCUGAGCGGCUCCGCUCCGUACUCGGGGAAAAUGGCUGACAUGUGGAGCCUGGGGGUGAUGCUGUACACUAUGCUGGUGGGUCGUUACCCCUUCCAUGACCCGGACCCUGCCACGCUGUUCUCUAAGAUCCGCAGGGGCCAGUGCUGUGUGCCUGAAGGCCUGUCUCCUAAAGCCAAGUGUCUGCUGCAGAGUCUGCUGAGGAGAGAGCCCUCAGAGAGACUGACCGCAGCCGAGCUGCUCGCUCACCCCUGGUUUCACCGACCACCAUCACUACAGGAAGGGGUGCCCGCAGAACAGGAAGUGAGCUCAGCAGAGCAGACUGUGCCCUCAUUUGAUGUGGAGAAAGACAAUGACCUGUUCUGUUGA